AUGGAUCCAAAUUUCCCUACUUUAUUUGUUCCACCUGAUAAAUAACCAACGAGAAUUAUAUAAGCGAGAUUAGAAAUUGUAUCUAAUGUUCUUUAAGAGUUUGGAUAUGAUUAAAGAUAAUUUAAUCAUCAAGAUAUCUUCUUUAUUCUAGCUACUCCUUGUCUUUUUCAUUAGGCAAAUGAAAUUAGACUGUUAAGUAUUGAAGUUAUUGCAGCUUUAUAUCAAUUUGUUGGAGUAGAAAUCAGAACCAUGGUUGAUGCUAUUGAAAAUCUUAAACCUGGUUUGAAAGAUUAAAUCAUGGCAAGAUUGGAUGAAAUAGAUUAAUAAGCUCCUGGGAGCAAAUAAGUUGAUAGAGGCUUGAGUCUUGUACCUGAAGAGGAAUAGGAAGAAAAUUAAUCAGCUUUACUAAAAAAACAAAAAGAUAAUGCCAACUCCUAAAAACAAGAUCUUGAUAAGUCCAUCAAUAAUGUAUCUUAAAGCAAAAACCAAGAUAAACUAAAUAAUUCAUCAUUAAAAUCCACUUUUUAUUGUUAACUAUAAUUUAUUAAAACAAUAAUUAAUGAGUAAUUCAUAGCAAACACCGUGUCCAUUUCAUGAUGGUUAAUUUAUUUCAUUGAUUCGUAAGAAUAUUAGAUCUGAAGGUAAAAUGAAAAUGUGCUCAAAAUGCUUUUUCGAUGAAGAAAAUCUUCAAAAGAAAGAUGUUAUAAUAAUUGAUGAAUUUGAUACCAAAAUAGCAAAUUUGGGUUCAUCCUUAGAAACAAUAUAACAUACAUCAUUAUAAUAAUUGGAAAUAUUAAAUGACAUCAAUUAAGAAAAAGAUAGAUUAGGGCAAGCCAUCGUUGAAAUGGGACAGAAAAAAUAGUCUUUAGAUAAUUUUAUAAAAACAUCUUAAAGUUCUUUUUAAUUAGGGAGUGUUAAUUUAAGUGACAAUUAGGUAAGUGAUUUUAUGGAGCUAUUUAAUCAACAGGAAUUGUUAAGAAAUAUUAAUUUAGAGUUAUAAAGAUCUCUUGAUCCAUUAAGAGAUUUAAGGACAUUUUUAAAAUAAUAACGAGAAAAAAUUCUAUAAGAUAUCUAAUUAAUAAAUUAGAUUUUAAAUGGAAAACUAUCAAUCUAAUCUGAAAAUUUACAUUAAUAAUAGCAGGUUAAUGAGCCUAAUUCACUUGAGUUGCUAUGUUUUAUAUAAUAUUUAUAAUAGGUAUUUUUGAAAGUUGUUUGUUUAAAAGUGGUAAUGAAAGUUCAUUAACGGAAUCAUACGAAUAAAUCAUUUAAUAAAGCAGUGAAUCUUUUUAGAGUUUUUCGUUGAUAAGUUAAAAAUAAUCAAUACCUUAACUAGAAAACUAAUAACAUCAAACUAUCACAAUAAAUUUAGUUUUCGAUCAUUUGCUAAAGACAUAUGAAGUUGAUGCAGAUCCGGUUGCAUUUAUUGGAGAUUUAGCUAAGGAAUUCAAAUUGCUUCUUAAUCAUACAAAAGAAAUAUACUUUCUAUAUGAGGGCAAUAUUUUAGAAGAGAAACGUUCCUUUCAGCAACUAAAUAUUUAAAAUGGUUAUACUCUUCAGGGUUAGCUAUAAUAUUGA